AUGAAUACGUCGCUCAUUAACCACCCGUGUAUCAUCUGCUGCCGGCCCACCUCCAUGUGGUGCAGCCGCUGCCAAAAUGCGUGGUACUGCACGCCCGAGCACCUCCAGAGCGACUGGCCCCGUCAUCGCCGCGAGUGCGUUCCGAUUAACACUCAGCAGGCCCAAUACCCGAAUAUGAUCGCGACCCCGCCCCCGGCCCAGACUGAGCUCGUCUCUGUCUCAGCACUGCUAUUCAUGCCGAACGAAGAGCGCUCGCGCAUAAUCACGGUCCAGUGCCACCCCCAGGGAACGAUCUCCCAGGGCAUAUGUCCCUCCCCGCUCCUUCAGGAAUACUUCCCUGAGAGCGUCCCGAACACCAUCAUCCUGACGCAAGGCCUCAACGGCGAGCCGCUGCGCUUCCCGCUGCACAUCUGGUAUUGCCCCACGUCGCUGCAGCGCGGCUCGCCAAUAAACCGCGCGAUCUAUCGCAUAACCAACGGCCACGCGUCAAAGCCCUGGUGCGGCCCGGUCGUCGUCCUCAAGUUCAACGGAUCUCGACGCCAAGGCUACGGUGACGCGGGAUCUAACGAUCUCCCCGCUCUCUCCGCUUACUUCCUCGCGUACAAGUAAACCAUCCGCUCCUUCGCUCUCUGGCCGCGCGCCACCCCAAAAGUUCAUCGUACGUAUUAUAGUGUAUAUAUCCC